AUGAUUUCCAAUUUCGUGUUGGUGUGUUUGCUGUCCAGCCAGUGCUUGGCUGAACGCCACCCCCUUGUUGCAUCCCUUGGCGGUCUCCGGGUAUUGCACUACAACAACCUUGGCCCUCAGAACAAUGGAACUUCGGCCGUUUUAGCACACGAUCACUCGACCUACGUUGAUGCCGCUGCAAAAUGCACUGCGCUUGGCGAGAAGCUGUUCCCGUGGUCUUGGAGGCGAAACACCACUCACACCGAACUUGAUUAUGAACUGGACUAUCUCGCCUUUACAAACGAGCUAGGAGCCAAUGAUCACUUAUGGUUAUCGACAGAACAAGAAGAUGGAAAGGGCUGUUUUGCUCUCUCGAUCUCCCAUCGAAAGGUCGUACAGAAAUCAUGCAAAGAGGAGCUACCAGCCCUCUGUACCUCAACCCCUCCGAAAACAACUGAUCUCGACAAUGCCGCAAGGGAAACCACAAAGCUGACCGUAACAUCUGACGAUUAUACCUUGACCGGAUAUCGAGAUGCUCGAUCCUUCCGCUUCCUCGGCGUACCCUUUGCAAGUCCCCCAAUCGAUGAUUUGCGCUUUGCCCCACCGCGACCCUACACAGGAUCGAAGAAUAUCGAUGCGACUAGUAUGGCAGACUCAUGUAUCCAGUCCACUUCGAGCCUGAGCACUUUGCCUAUCGGUGGAAUGUCCGAGAACUGUCUCUAUUUGAACGUCUUCACUCCCUUUCUGCCUCAUAACAUCACCACAAACACCGCGCUCCGCCCCGUGGCUGUUUAUAUAUACGGGGGUUCAUUCACGAGAGGCACCGCAGCCAUGGUUGACUAUGAUGGGGGAAACUUCGCCAGCCGCAGCGAUGUGGUCGUCGUCACGCUCAACUAUCGGCUCGGAGCAUUGGGCUUUCUGUCGACGGGAAACCUGACAACUGGGAGCUACGGUAUUCAAGACCAGAUUAUGGCCUUGCAAUGGGUACAAAAGCACAUCUCUGCCCUGGGGGGUGAUCCCUCGCAUGUUACUGUCUUCGGACAGUCUUCUGGUGGUCAAAGCGUGGUAGCUCUACUCUCUUCCACCGCAGCGAAGGGUCUUUUGUCGGGCGCGCUGGUGCAAUCCGCAAAUUUUGACCUCCCGUGGUUUCCCCGCGCUCUCUACUCUAAAUACAUUGCCCCGGAAGUCGGGAAGGCAGUUGGCUGCGACGGAAACGCUUCCGAAGCCGGUCUCCUGAGGUGCCUUCGUUCCGUCCCGGCUUCAAUGUAUCUCGAUAACUCAACCGCUUUUGAGACAGCUGCAAAGACCUUCUCAUCCAGCAUCGCAAAUCACUUCCACCAUAGCACAGCACUGAGAUCCGCAGCUGAGCCAUUCAUGCCGAUGGUAGACGACACCGGAUCUGGCGUGAUUGAUGAUCAAUUCAACACCCUUCUAGCCAACAACAAGCUCCCCAUCCACGUCCCGACCAUGUUCACCACUGUCCGCGACGAGGCAGGCCUCUACAUGGACAUUUUCAGCUUGAUUAAGGGCCCACUUGCUACCUUGCUUAAUGUCACACUCGGCGACACCCUCGCGCAGAAAGUGAUAUCAUCUGACACUUAUAAUGCCAAUAACUCGGACCGCAAUGCUGUCCUCAACGCUGUUUCCGAUGCCUUGACGCACAGCCAGUGGGUUUGUCCACAGGGUUAUCUUCUCGAUAAUUCCAAUUCCGCAUUCCCAUCUCUAUACGAAAUCCAAAUAGCAGAUGGUCAUGCGCAGACAUCACAUAUGCCGGAUAUCUGUUAUCCGAAUAAUGUAUACAACGCUUCCUGUCAUACCUCGGAGAACUUGCUCGCGUGGGGUACACUGAAUAUGAAGACCGAAGAUGUGCGCCCGUACUACGAUGAUCGGGAUAUUCUUCACUCGCAGCUUAUCCAUGAUGUAUUUGGGGCUUUCUUCCGUGAGCGAAACCCAAAUCCGGAUUUGGAGUUCUUGAAAGCCCGUGGUCCCGCGUAUGCAAGUACUCUUUCGAUAUUUGGUGGGGAGGUUGGUUCGAAUUCCUUGCUUGAACGUGCUGCGAGAGGGCUUGUUAUUGAGCAGUAUGCAUCGGAGCGUAAUAUGACGCUUCUGGGGAUGCCGCCGUCUACUACGGUGAAUUUCAGGGACAAGGAUAUUUGUCCUGUAGUACGUGAGUAUGGGUUUACCUUCCAGAGGGCCGCGUUGUCGGAUUAA